UUCAGAUUAAUUGUUAGUCUGUAUUUGGUUGUUAUAUUUGGAGGACUUUAUGGUGCCUUGGGGGCGCUGUGGUGGACUGGACUGGUGCAAGGCAGCGUGGGAAAGGAGGUCAAUCAAUCAAUAAUCCUCAGACUCAAAGAGUUUUUAGGGAGUCCCCAGUCAAUAAUGAACAGCCUGCCUCCUCAGGCUCCAACAGAACAUACACUGAGAAACUUCAGUGUACUUUAUAAGAAACACAAAGUCAGCAGGGAGUUCAUGUAUUCAGGUGCAGUGAUGGCAUCAUGUUGCCUGACGUGUAGUUCGAUGGCGUGCAGUCGCUGCACUUUAGUUUCUUUCUGACCACAUUUCAGUGGUUAAAGCAGAGAGAAGCUGUCAGACUCGCAGGUCCAGAAUCAGCUCCUGGUCACGUCCUCCCUGAACUGCUGUCACCUACAGGAAGAUGCAGCUUUUAGUUUUAGAUCAUCACAAUGAAUCUCUGACAGCUUUGAAUGAACAUCUUGAAUCUUUCUGGUGAAAAGAGAAACUUUCACUUUAAGGAAAUCCGAACAAUGAACACACACCCAGAAGUGUUAGUUUAACUGUCAGUGAACGCAUCAUAUUCAUGUUAUUUACAUUCUGUGUCAGUUGUUUCUUUAUUUUUCAUCUCAGCGUCUUCAUGUAGUUUUCUGUCUCUCCUCACUUCAUGUUCUGGUUCAGAGCCUCGUUUUCAAACUGAAUGUAUCUGCUUUAUUGCAGCUAAAUGUUUGUCAUGAUAGUGUGUGGAGAGGAAACCACAGUCACAGAGGAAGGAGGAGGGAUUUACUUGAUGUGAACAUGAACUGAUCAAAGUGCAGAUUUGAUAUAACCGAGUGUCAGGAUGGAGGAAACAUCUCUACUGUGGCUGCUCUUUCUGACCUCACUGCUGAGCUGCACAACAAACCAAGCCUCUCUGACUGUGAGUCCCAGCAGCUCUCAGCUGUUUGAAGAAGAGUCUGUCUCUCUGAGCUGUGAGGAGGACGACAGCUCUGCUGGAUGGACGCUGAGGAGGAACUCAACCAGAGAAACCAGGACUCAGUGUGGAGCUGGCUGGGGAAGAUCAGCUGGUUCUUCCUGUAAGAUCAGCCACAUCGACCGAUUGGACAGUGGAGUUUACUGGUGUGAGUCCAGAGAGGGAGCAACCAGUAACACCAUCAACAUCACUGUCACUGGUGGACCAGUGAUCCUGCAGAGUCCUGUCCUCCCUGUGAUGGAGGGACAUGAUGUCACUCUGCACUGUAAAACAGAGACCCCUCCCUCCGACCUCACAGCUGCUUUCUAUAAAGAUGGCUCCCUCAUCAGCACUGAGCCUACAGGUCACAUGACCAUCCGCCAUGUUUCCAAGUCUGAUGAAGGCCUCUACAAGUGUCACAUCAGCCGUCACGGAGAGUCUCCACCCAGCUGGAUCUCUGUCACAGGUAAACCGACAACCACAGGCCCCCCCACAUCUGCAGCCCCGCCCCCUGCCUCAUCCCCCCUCCAGCUUGUGUUCAGACUGGUCUGCCACCUGGUGGUGUUCUGUCCGUACUGCAUCUCCACUGUCCUCAUGGUGUCUUUAUAUCAACACAGGCCCACAGGAAAUUAGCUACCCGUCUCCAAGGCAACAACACCACCCAGCCAAGCUGAGGAGAGAUUGGCUGAGGACUUUGAUGACAUCGUAGCGGUCAGCACCGUGCAUCACUUCUGAGCUGAACAGAGCAGAGACAGAGUUGACUGUUACAUUAGUAAGAUGGUGGUUAUGAUAUAAUUAUGACUUAAACGUGAUAACUUUACCAGCAGCUGAGCAGCAGAACUUAUACAAGAUGACAUCAAUGCUUUAAGUUUGAAUUGUUGUUGUUUGUUUUAGUAGUUUAGUAGUAGUGCCUGAUGUCUCUGCUGUGCUGGAGUCACUGCAGCGUAAAUAAAGACCUGUUCACAUUGUGAUUCUAUCUGUGUGUUUUCUAGAGAUUAGUCAGAUGGAAAGUGGUUUUACUUGUUUUGCUAACAGAGUGAAACAUCCUCUGCCUGUCUUUUUGUGGUGUGUGGUCAGUGUUUCUACAGAAAACUAGGUCACCACAGCCUUCGUAUAGUAACACACUCAUCAUACUGAGCCUCUAAACUCAGUGUGUGUCCUUAAAUUAUUCACAUUUCUGGGUCGUAAAACUGUUCUCACACAGUCACAUUAUGGGGGCAUAGCAGUGAUUACAGCACGAUGCAUUAUGGGUAAAAUGAUGUCCAACUUGCUCCUGAGUUGUGACUUUAAACAUUUUAUAAAUACCUGAGUGAUUGAAACGUUCAGAUUCUCUGAUAACCAGUUAGUCAUUUUAUGAGACAGGUUCAUUUUAAUGUUCUGCAGCUGGUUUGAUUAAAAAUAUUUUUAUUUUAGGCUCCAUGUAUUCUGAAAUGUCUCAGUGUAGAAAAAUCAUCAUCCUCUGUACACACUCCUGUGAGUACUUUGGAGCCUGUGGCUCUGCAUGAAAAAUGACUUAAAGGCCCAGUGUGUAACAUUUAGCAGCAGCUACUGGCAGAAAUGGAAUAUAAUAUUUAGAAGUAUGUUUUAAUUUGUGUGUAAUGGCAUGAAAAUAAGAAUAAUUUCAUUACUUUCAUUUUCAUUACUUUAGAAUAAGCCGGGUCCCAUUCCACGGAGGUUGUCAUGUUUCUACAGUAGCCCAGAAUGGACAAACCAAACACUGACUGCAGAUAGGGCUGUUUGUGUUUUUUGCAAAUUUUCGCGGCCACCGUAGUUUCUCCUACACGCUUGGAAGGGGAGGGUGAGGCGAGCGGUAUUCAAAUGGUUGCAAACUGCAAUUUCACUGUUUGAUACCACUAAAUCCUCCAGACUGCUCAUUUAAAGGAUCAAAAUAGUUGCUUGUGUUCUCUAUGAGGCCAACUCUGUCCUGCACACCUGUCUCUCAUUGUCAUAAUCCCCCAUUGUAUAUUAGUCUCUGUUCCUCUGUUCAUUUAUGCCUGAUCCUCAUGUUUGGUACUAUAAAAUGUUAUCUUUUGUUCAUUGUAUGUUACCUUGAAUUCCUAGUGUUCUUAUAGAUCUGUUAAUUUUUAUAAUAAAACUACUUUCGAGUCAACCCUG